AUGAACUACCUCGAGAAGCAGAAUCCCAUGGCCACACCCACAAAGGUCAAGGCAGACGAGACAUGUGAAAGCAAUGACCCCGAUCGGUUCUUGGGUCUAUCGCCCGAGACGGCUGAGCUGUGGAAGACUUUGGGUGACACGCCCGAUUCCAAAGCUCUCAAGGAAGAGUACCUCCGCACGAAGGGGCAGCUGCAUCGUGGUUUUACGGCUGAUCCAAUAAACUUGUGCUCCGGAUUUUCGAGUGGGAGCUGCGGUGGAAGCACUACAUCCGAGACGACACAGGUUCUCCCCGGUGCGAACAUGCAGUACGCAAAAGCUGUGGAGGAGGAAUCCAGGAAGCGCCCACCCCAGGAUGAUGCUCUUGAUGUCGGGCUUAGCAAGAGGAUGAAACAAGAACAGGCUGCCUUGGAGAAGUACAUGAACGAGCAGAUGAGCAAGCUACGAGGGCAAAUGCAACAGGAGCUAGUGCAGCAUCAGCAGGCCCUUGACGAAGCCAGGAAGCAGCAUGAGGCGGCACUGCAGGCAGAGCAGGAGAGGCAGGAGCAGCUUAUGAUGCAGCGCCAGGCCGAGCACGAGGCAACCUUACAGGAGGAGCGGGAGCAGCACGAGCACAACCUUUGCUUGCUCAUCGAGCAAGCCUCUUCUGCCCAAGCAGAGGCCGUACGAUCUAUGCAGACAGCACCCAAGCCUGCAAAGGCUGACACUGCUCCCAAGCCGGAUGCAAACCGCGCAGAUGCUCAUGAUGCUAAAGCUAAGCUGCGGGCAAAGAUGGAAGCCCACACACCCGGGCCCCAGUCAGCCCAGCCUGCUUUGCAGGCCCCAAACCCGUCCCAGGCCAUUGCUGUUGCAACAACCCCGCAAGCUGCCCCAGCAGCCCAGCUUGCUUUGGCCGUUCCGGUUGCCAAACAGCUGCCACCCCCUGCCCAGACCCAGCUCGCUGUGCAGCCCGCAGGCCCUCCGCAAGGGAUUGGUUCUGGACCUUUCAACUCCUCCACCCAUCCAAACGCUUGGGGGGCUUUGUACCGAAUCACGCGGGCACCAGACUGCCUGGCAGAGAUCAAACAAGCGUGGGAUGCAGGAGUCCUGUGUUGUGAAGGUGUGUGUGUGUGUAGGGGGGGAGGGAGGGGAGUUAAUUUUCGGGUCCAUGAUAUGUGCGUGCACACACACACACAUGUAUACAUACACACAUGUACUCACAUACAGACAUACAUACAUACAUACUAUACAUACACACAUACACAGAAACAUACAUACAUAGUAAACAUGCAUACAUACAUUCUGUAUCUUGCUUUGGGAUUUUACUUCGUUGCGAUUCCUCGAGGAAUCGCACUCGAAGUAAAAUCCCAAAGCAAGAUACAGAUCUGA